GCCUGGACUCCCGCGUGCGUGUACACCACUGGCUGCCUGAUGGGCACGCAGAAAUGGUCCGUGCCGAUCCUGAAGUUCAACCUCUGGGGCUUCACGCUGCAGCUGUUAGCGCUGCUGUCAGAAGGUCUGAGGCUCAAUCUCCUCGAGCUGAGGCUGAAGUCCCAGGGCUACAAGCUGAACCCGCUGAGCUCGAUGCAGGUGUUCGCGCCCAUGGUGGGUCUGAUACUAUUUGUAUGUGCUCUGCUCUUCGACCGGUCAGCCUUCGACGCGGAGAAGAUCGCUGCCAUAGGCGAGGGAGUGUUCGUCGCCAACGGCCUGGUGGCCUUUCUCCUGAACAUCGUCAUAUACCUUGCUAUCCAGCGUGCAUCUGGCCUUACGUUCGCACUCGCUGGUGUCAUCAAGGACAUAUUGAUCAUCCUGGGCGGUUUUUUUUUCCAGGCGCAAGGAAUAUCGAGGCUGCAGGUGGCCGGCUAUGCCAUCGCCUUGGCGGGCCUUCAGGCGUACGGCGUCGUCAGCAAAUCCCCGGAGUCCUUCGAGCUUGGCGUGGCGUGGAAGCUGAUCCAACACGCGCUGGGGUCGGAGGCUGCGUCGUGUUCUCCUUCUGCGAUAACCCAAUCGAUUACUACUGUUGAGGCUACUUCGCGUCACUAG